CAUAAGAUAGUAAACUAAACUUGGUAUGACGCUCAUGAACAAUCACUAAUGAAUCUUAUUUUUCUUACACUUCUCUUGCUGUUUCAAGCAACACUUUCUUCAUCCACAACCUCAAACACUCUAAACCAAGGCUCAUCCCUAUCAGUGGAAAAUGCAGACACUGAUGUUUUGGUUUCACCAAACGGAGAUUUCUCGGCAGGAUUUUUCCCAGUUGGGGAAAACGCUUUCUCCUUCGCUAUAUGGUUCACGAAGUCCUCAGUUCCCACCGUAGUUUGGAUGGCGAACCGAGACCAACCGGUCAACGGAAGAAGAUCAAAGCUUUCGUUGACUGAAGAUGGCGAUCUCGUCUUGCUCGACGUGGGCAGAGUUCGAUUCUGGAGCACCGAAACGACGCCCUCCUCUCAUGUUAAACUUCAACUCUAUGACUCCGGAAACCUUGUUCUCCGUAGCGCUGCGUUUGGCGAAGAUGUUGUUUACUGGGAAAGCUUCGAAUCACCCACUGAUACUCUUCUUCCUAACCAAAAUCUCACCAUGAACACCAGGCUUGUCGCGUCAGUAAGCCGCACCAACUAUUCUUCGGGAUAUUAUCACUUCUAUUUCGACGAUGACAACACUCUCCGCCUGCGUUUUCAAGGGCCCGAUCGGGUCGUGGCGAGUGUGUACUGGCCGGCUCCGUGGCUCGGGCCAUUUCAAACUGGAAGAUUUAGAUACAACAUCUCCAAAUCUGCAACGAUAAACUCCAUUGGUGACUUUGCUUCUUCGGAUAAUCUAAUAUUUUCGGCCUUGGAUCACGGUGCUAAGAUCAACCGGAGAUUGACUCUUGACCCGGAUGGAAAUCUUCGACUGUAUAGUUUUGAUGAAAAGACUAAGAGUUGGACUGUUACUUGGCAAGCCAUCUCUUCUCCAUGCAAUGUUCAUGGGAUUUGUGGACCUAAUAGUAUGUGCUCAUAUGAUCAUGUUUUAGGUAGGAGUUGCUCUUGUGUGCCUGGAUAUAAGGUGAAAGAUUCUUCGAAUUGGGCAUUUGGGUGCGAGCCACGAUUCGAAUGGAGACAUAACCAAGAGAGUAGCUUUCACCGCAUUGCUAAUGCAGAGUUCUAUGGCUACGACAAAAACUUCUAUGAGAACCUUUCUUUAAAAGAAUGUGAAGAAAAGUGUUUGUUCUUUUCAGAUUGCAAAGGUAUCCAAUAUCAUAUGAGUAACGUUGCUAAUCCGGGUUCAAGAUGUUAUACUAAGCAUCUACUAGUUAAUGGAGCUCAUACCUCAAGUUUCCCAGGAGAUGUCCAUGUAAGACUCCCUAAAGAUAAGAUUUCCUAUUUUGAGAAGCUCCAUACAAAAUUGAAAAGUGAGCAGUACUGUUCUUCCAAAUUGGUGUUGCUAGACAGAACCUAUAACAAGGCUAAAGAGAAUGGAGGCUUGAAGGUCUUGCUUUGGGUUGCCAUUGCAUUGGCAGGAGUGGAAAUCACCUGCGUUUCGGUAGUCUUAUCUUUCUUGUACUGUAGCAGAAAAGAGAGCAAACUCAAUUCCCAUGGUUACACCCUCGCCGCCCUUACACGGUUUCAAAAAUUUACUUAUGCAGAGCUAAGAAAAGCCACAGCUGGAUUCUGCAACACGAUUGGAGCUGGCGGUGGAGGCACCGUAUAUAAAGGUGUGUUAGCGGAUGGCCGAGUUGCGGCGAUCAAGAGAUUGACGGAAUCAAAUGGAGGAGAAGCCGAAUUCUUAGCAGAAGUAAGCACGAUUGGGAGGUUGAACCACAUGAACUUGAUAGAGAUAUGGGGUUAUUGUGCUGAGGGAAGGCAUAGACUAUUGGUGUAUGAGUACAUGGAGCAUGGAUCUCUAGCUGACAAUUUGAAAAACAUAGAACUCGAUUGGGAGAAGCGGUUUGACAUAGCAAUGGGAACAUCAAAGGGACUAGCAUAUUUGCAUGAAGAGUGUUUGGAGUGGGUUUUGCAUUGUGACGUCAAGCCUGAGAAUAUUCUGUUGGACUCCAAUUACAAUGCAAAAGUGGCUGAUUUCGGGUUGUCAAAGCUGCUGAACAGAGGCGAGUGUCAUGACCCAAGCUUCUCGAGGAUUCGAGGGACAAGGGGUUACAUGGCGCCUGAGUGGGUGUAUAAUCUUCCUAUUACCUCUAAAGUGGAUGUGUAUAGCUAUGGAAUGGUGGUGAUAAAAUUAGUAACGGGAAGAGAAAUGGCGGAUCAACAUGGGAGAUUGGUGACAUGGGUGAAGGAGAAGAUGUAUGGAGAUGGUGAUAGGGAAUCUAGGAUUGAAGAAAUAUUAGAUCCAAUGUUGGAAUUGGGGGAAUUUGAUAAGGAGAAGAUAAAGCUUUUAGUUAAGGUGGCUUUGCAAUGUGUUGAAGAAGACAAGGAUGCUCGACCAUCAAUGAAGCAGAUCGUGGAGAUGCUUGAGUACCAUAAUAACCAACAUUGAUGUAGGAUAUAUAUAUAAAUAUUUAUAAUAUUCUAUAACUUUAUUUUAUUUUAUUAUAUUUUAUCUUUUUUAUUAUUUUGUCAUUUAUUAGCUUUAUUGUAACGACAAUUUAAGCCUAGCGGAACAAUGUAAGGGAAGCUUUUGGAAUUUGAUAUUUGAAAUAAAGUUUUGAGAGUUCUUAUUGUUGA